AUGGAGGAUGGUCUUCAUAUUUUUGAUCAAGGCGAUGAUGAAGACGUUGAAGGUGUUGGCAUGAGUGAAACUGCCAUGAAUGAAGGUAUGCAAGGAAGGAAUUUUGUCGAGUAUGUUCAACGUAAUUCUGUAGAUGAGAGUCCACGACCAGGAUCAUGGACUUUCUCCGAUAAAGAUCAUGGAUGGCAAGUUUCCGAUUCCAUUGCAGAAAGUAUGAAGUGUUGUCUGCUUUUCUCUAUGAUGCCCUCGCAAUUUGUUGGUGAGAAAAUGGAACCUGAGAACUUGUACGAUUCUGUCAAUGUAUUACUUUCUCUUCAGAGUAAAAAUGGUGGUUUAUCAGCCUGGGAACCAGCAGGAGCAAGAUUAUGGUUGGAGGCCUUGGUUCUACUCAAGAAGUUAUAUCCUGAGAACAGGAAGAAAGAGAGUGAAACGUUCAUCAUAAAUGCUGUGCAAUUCCUUGAACACAUACAAAAGCCUGAUGGUUCAGGGUAUGGUUAA